CAAUUCAUCAAAAUGGUCCAUUUAACUAGAGUCCGCCGCGACACCGAGGUACAGCGUCGUCGCCGACGCCAGGCCGACGAGGAGCGGUCGGAGGCCGCCUCGCCGUAUAUUUAUAGCACGAAGUAUGCGGUCGAGGAGUUACCAGAGCACGCCAUGUGCGAGCGUCAGAUGCCGGCGGAGGUGGCAUCGCGGAUGAUCAGGGACGAAUUGAGUCUGGACGGGAAUCCGCUGCUGAACUUGGCGAGCUUCGUCACGACAUACAUGGAAGACGAAGUCGAACAACUCAUGACGGAGUCCCUAAGCAAGAACUUCAUCGACUACGAGCAAUACCCGCAGACAGCACACAUUCACAACCGCUGCGUGGACAUGAUUGCGGACCUGCUGCACGCACCGACGACCGACAGCCACGGCGCGGACGGAGGCAAGCACGACGCGAUCGGCACCUCGACGGUGGGAUCUUCCGAGGGGAUCAUGCUCGCGACGCUGGCGAUGAAGAAGCGCUGGCAGAACGCGCGCAAGGCAGCGGGCAAGGACUGGACGCGGCCUAAUAUCGUGAUGAGCAGCGCUGUGCAGGUGUGCUGGGAGAAGGCGGCGCGGUAUUUUGACGUUGAGGAGAAAUACGUUUACUGUACUGAGUCGCGCUAUGUGAUUGACCCCAAAGAGGCGGUUGAUUUGAUCGAUGAGAAUACCAUCGGUAUCUGUGCGAUUAUGGGAACGACGUAUACGGGUCAGUAUGAGGAUGUGAAGGGGUUGAAUGACUUGUUGGUCGAGAGGAAGAUCGACUGUCCGAUCCAUGUGGAUGCUGCCAGCGGGGGGUUCGUCACACCGUUUGUGAACCCCAAGCUGGUGUGGGACUUUCGCCUGGAGAAGGUCGUAUCGAUCAAUGUGUCGGGGCAUAAAUAUGGUCUGGUCUACCCCGGCGUGGGCUGGGUAUUCUGGCGCUCGCCCGAGUUCCUCCCCCAAGAACUCAUCUUCAACAUCAACUACCUAGGCGCCGACCAAGCCAGCUUCACGCUCAACUUCAGCAAAGGCGCAUCGCAUGUCAUCGGACAAUACUAUAUGCUGAUCCGGCUAGGCAAGCACGGAUACCGGUCAAUCAUGGAGAACCUGACGCGCACAGCCGAUCAUCUGGCCAAAGAGCUCGAAAAACUGGGAUUUAUCCUGAUGAGCGAGACUGGCGGGCGCGGGCUGCCGCUGGUCGCGUACCGGCUGCCCCCCGACGAUUCCCGACUGUUCGAUGAAUAUGCACUGGCUCAUGUGUUGCGACAGCGUGGGUGGGUGAUCCCGGCUUAUACGAUGGCACCGCAUUGUAACCAGCUUAAGAUGAUGCGCGUGGUGCUGCGGGAGGAUUUCAGCUUGCACCGGUGUAAUCUGCUGGUUGAGGAUAUGCGCGCGGCGUUGAAGUCGUUGGCGGAUAUGGAUGCGGAGAUGAUUGCGCGGUAUACCGAAUAUACCCAAAUCCACGGCGCUCGAGCACCGGACAGACCGGAAGCAUACAGCGAAGAUCGGCACUCAUUGCAGGGAAAGACAGGAAAGACACACCUGGUGUGUUAGAAAGUCUCCUGCAUGGGGUAGUUGGAAUCCGCCGAGAACUGUCAAGAAGAUGCAAUAAUGUGGCUAUAUACAUAUAACUAUAAAUCUCGUGCUGAUGUCAGACGCAGCCCCUUGCUUGGGCCCUAUUUCGAUAGUGCGAUGAUCAACAGGAGUAACAUGACAUGGCAUGACAUGCCCUGCUGUGUUAUGUCCUCCAGCUUGGAGGAUCGCCGGAAAUGUCGGUGGACAGGUCUAUGCGAGAUCGACAUGGUUGACUUCAAGGGAAUCAUCGAUCAGACUGCUGAUCGGGUUCGAUGCAAAUGCCCCCUGUAUUGUAUUAAGACGCUGGAGUGAAAAGCACUGUCAAUGAU